GGAAAGGAGAGCAAAGAAGACUGAGUUGAAGAAACGCUCCGCGCAUUCAAAUGUUCACAACAGUUAUAGCGCAUUUAAUCCUUCCUUUAUAGCAGUUUCAAUAAGUAUGACAAAGCGAUUGAGCCUACACACUCAAGAAGCAAGGAAAACCAUGUAAACACUUGAAAUAUAGCGCUGAAAGUGCGAUUACAUGACCUAGUCGACAAUUAUUUUCGCGCUUCAGAUUUGCAUAGUGUUGAGCCGCAUUCCCUGAAAAAACACAUGGUUACAAAAGGCUAUCAUAUCAAUAACAGACUCAUUCGGGCGCCAUUUCGAUUAUUUGUUUUCGAGGCUGACUGAUACAUCAUCUACCAAUGAAGACUUCUACUCUCUUACUUGACCAAGAUAUCAGCGAUGGAUAAUAGCGCCCAAAGAUAUUUUGAUAUAUCAUUAACAGUAUAAACAGCCCACGCAGAUGAUUUGAGAGUCUUGUAGACGUUUCAUCGCAGGGUUCCUCGGGGACGAAGGCGUUGGUUUAGGUCUACUCAACUACUCGGUCACAUCCCUUCCAACGAGGGCUUAGUGUAUUUUGAUGAGUUGGUACUCGAUUGCCCUAUCAUAAGAAUAGCCUGAAGAGGUUGGCGAGAACUUACAUGUUGGUUGUCAUUCGCUAGCUCAACCGCAAGUACACUGCCUACUAGGGGGAUUGAUAAGUCAGACUCCGUAUCGAUAGUAAUUACAACCAGUGACAAUCUCCUACGAUACGCUGCUCUAGACUACAAACGAACCCCAGAAGGUUAAUGGAAUAGAUUCCGUGUACUGAGAACAGAACAGAACAACAAACCCGAAAAAUCAUAAUCAAGCUAAAAAAAAAAGAGAAAGUUCAUGAGAUGAACUAUCUAUCUCUUGAGUUAACGGAGACCAUAUAAAUAGAUGGAUCAAUUCAACAUCUCAAACAUGCUUAUGGAUUUACAAUACAACUCUACCAACGGUUCACAUUUAAGAAAUAAUUUCACUUCGAAUUUUUCCGAGUCUUUAGGGGUUUUGAUAACCAAGUACUUUUUUCUGGGUUUGUUGACAUUAUUUGGCGUCGUUGGUAAUAUCCUUGUGGUCGUCGUCACGACCAAACGAAAGGCCUUUAAAUCCUCGUUGGACUUGUUUAUCAAAAAUCUAGCCGUCGCAGACCUUGGUUUUCUUCUUUUGGUAUCUCCACCCGGGGUCUUGAGAACCGUUAUGCCAUAUCGCUGGCCUCUGGGAGAAUUCAUCUGUUUGUAUAUUUAUCCAUCAGUUGACAUUUUCCACGGCGCUUCUGUAUGGAUUAUCGCAGCUAUUGCAGUAGAACGCUAUCGAAACAUAGUCGGGAUGGCGCGAAUUCGAAGAGAGAGCCAGACCAAGAGAUCUGCCAAGAUUCUGAUGGUUGGAGUGUGGGUUUUCUCUUUCUUGCUUUUUUGCAUUCCAGUGUAUGUUGCCAUAGUCUUCCUCCAACCAGAUGGUCGGUCUACGAUCUGUACAAUGAGAUGGUCAAGGGGCCAACAAGACAACCUUGUAGGAACCAAUAUUUAUAUAGUGUUCAUGGUUCUUUUUACAUAUGUUAUCCCUCUAAGCGUCGUUACCUGGACUUACGUUGCAAUCUCGAGGCAACUACGUCGAAGUAACACUUUCUUAAGAGGAAUUAAAGGGAUCAUUUCUAGGAAAACUACCAAAAAUAUCACCCAGGUCGAAAAUUGUUCACAAAACUUCAGGAAUGACUCAAACCGGACGGCGAAUGGUACUAGUUUCCAGAACCAUUCUCUCAUAUCUCCAUCAGACAGCCACCGACUGGCACAGAAUAAAAGAGCUAAAAACAUUCUAACUCCAGUUGCCGUUUUGUUUGCUGUGUCUAUGUUACCUAUAAGUUUACUGAGGAUCAUUCUCAUUUUCUGGAAAGCCAUCAUCGACGAAAACUACUACAACAUAUUUUUUUUUCUCACUGUCGUCUUCACGGCUGCGAACUCGUCUUUGAAUCCAUUGGUUUAUUCUAUCGUAAGCAGAGAAUUUCGAAACGCGCUCAAGUCCCUUUUCCAUAAAAAUAAAAGAGAUUUGUCGAGGUGCUCUGCGAGCGCGUUCGGACAAGAAUCGACAGAGCAUAAGCGGAUAGAUCUUUCCGAAGUACCUGUAAGAAAAGACAGCGAAGAAACUAAAGUGACAAACAACUCCUGUCCUUGUAUUGCUAGUGACACAAAGCUUUAAUCAAUAGGCUUCUAUAAAUAUAUAUUAAAUAUUAUAUAGGAUAAAAGUUACGCUUAUUUAGCGUUUCUUUUUGUUUACAUAACGUGCGCUCAGCUUUUCAAAGAGGACUGAUCAUGAUCUAUAUACACGCAGCAAAUUGCUGGUUAUCCAAAUAUCUCCAUCAUUUUAACUUAUUUAUCAAUAUUUCAAAGUAAUUAACUAUACAAUUUGAAGCUUUUGCAGUGAUUUGAGACAUUAUUUUUCUUCGUAUGAUUCUCAUGCACAUCAGCUAUAUUACAAUAUUGCCACAAGUCGCUUUUUUAUGAUUGCACUCUUGUACACAUAUCCUCUCAGGGUAAUAUGUGUACUUCAGAAGUGCGACUUUAUAGGAAAUUCAAUUUUGAUUUUAAAUUAAAAAAGUCUUUAUUGUAACACUUUUUGUCACGAUUAUUUAUUUAUUUUGGACGUUUAUUAUAUCCACGAGAAUUUACUGCGAGUCUGUGAGUUACAAAACACAUUUAGAAACUGUCAAACUGCACGCAAAGCUCACAGCUCCGGCAAAUCUCCCUCUGACAUCUGAAUGACAUUCAACUUACAUUUAAGAGACAUAAAUUUGAGAAAUACUUAUUUAACGUUUGGAAUGGACGGAAUUCAUAAGAUCAAAACAAGCAGUUAUAAAAGGAAAAUAUGAAGUGCUAUGGUUAUAACGGGAAAUUAGCAUAAGAAAUAAGAGUUUCAACAAUAGCAAAAAGCCUAUUUGUUUGAUGGCUGACAGCUUGCAAUYUAGCGUUCAUUUAUAUAUUAAGAAUCCCUUUGACCUACGAAGCUUAAGAAUAUUAAUUUUAUUGAAGUCUUAUCCUCAUCAAUUUUAGUUACUUUUUCCUUUUCUUUAUUUGUUUUUCUUUUGUUUGCAGCAUUUUCUUUCUCAUCUAAUUGUGAGAAAAGCUCUAAUAAAGUAAUGAAGACAAAUGCUAAAAAUAAUGGCGGAUAAAAAAAUACGAAUUUUGGAGGUAUUUGAUCUAGAAGUACUUCAGUCAUAUUUCCGGAGUUUUUCAGGGUUCAGUGGAAUUGCUUUUUGUGGUCAGACUCUGAGAGAUUAAUUAACAUCGUCUGAUAGUACGAUUCUUAGCUUUUUCACCCCAAAACACGCAAAAGCGAAAAAUUAAAAAUCAAUUAUCACUUUGAGAAAAACAGUUCAGUUGUAUUCUUUAAGGAGAACAGCAAAAAGAUCUUCGACAAUUAAAAAAAUUAAGUUAAAAUAUUCAUGUUUAUUGCCUGUUUUUGAAGAAAAAGCUCAUUUUUUGCUCACUUGAAGUAAAAAUACAAAAGCACAUUAAAUGGGAAGCAUUUCACUGAGGAUUUUCACUCAUUAUCAGGCAUAUUUAUUUUUUGUCGAAGAAGAAAAGAAAUAUAUGUAUGAUGAUAAAAUUCAAAUAUUCCUCGAGGUGUUCGUGUCUCUUAAUGUGCCACUUUGUCAGUAGAAAUUAGAAUAGAAUAAAGCAUUUGUCUUAUGGCCGAAAACACCUAUAUUGACUCACAUCGUAAGUAAAUAAUGAAUAAAUGUUCCAUGCUGCCAUACAAGUCAUAAAUAAAAAUGCCAAAAAAAAUGGCGGUGUUUGACAGUUGCUUUCUUGUGUUUAUUAGUUUAUCAUUGACUAAACUAACAUGUUUGUUGUCUUCGUUAUUCAGCAUGAGUAGCGCGUUGGUCUUCAUUCUCCCGCUGAGAAACCAGAUGAAAAAUCAUUUAAAAUCCUUGUCUAUUACCUCAUCAAAGCAUUUCACAUGGGAUCUUGUGUUUUUGAAUGCGUAUUUAUCUUUUGGCCAAAAGACCAUUGCAGCUUAUUUUUCUUCGUGGAGCGAUUUUACAUCAUUAACCGUUUACGCGUUGACAAAAGAGAAAAAAAAAA